UUGAAUACGGACGUGUUUUCGGAUCCAAGUCGAAGUCGAAGUCGAAUCACUACGGAUCGGUCGGUUGAAAGUUCAAAAACUCGUCAAUUGACAUAAAUUGAGUGCAAUUUGCAGUGUGCGAAAUGUGUGCCUAACAGAGCUAAAUUCUCUGUUUCUUGUCGCGUGUUCAGCUCACUCCAUCGACUUAAUUAGAAGAUUUAUAAACAAAUCGUAUCUAUAUAGUAGACAUACGAGAUGGCCGACGAAAGUUUGCACACCGUGCCCCUGGAGCACAAUAUAGACUAUCAUAUUGUGACUCUUUUCGAGCGCCUCGAGGCGAUGAGGAAGGACUCACAUGGCGGAGGCCACGGGGUCAACAAUCGGCUAUCCAGCACCCUGCAGGCUCCCAAGCGCAGCAUGCAGGCCGAGAUUCGCACCCUGGAGUUUUGGAGAUCCAUCAUCAGCGAGUGUCUGGCCUCGUUCAUGUACGUGUUCAUCGUCUGCGGUGCCGCCGCGGGCGUUGGAGUGGGGGCCAGUGUGUCCUCCGUGCUUUUGGCCACGGCUCUGGCCUCCGGAUUGGCGAUGGCCACGCUGACGCAGUGCUUCCUCCACAUCUCGGGCGCCCACAUCAAUCCCGCCGUAACCCUGGCCCUCUGUGUGGUCAGAUCUAUAUCUCCCAUCAGGGCAGCCAUGUAUAUAACCGCCCAAUGUGGCGGAGGAAUCGCUGGAGCCGCUCUUCUUUACGGAGUAACUGUGCCGGGAUACCAGGGGAAUCUGCAGGCCGCCAUCUCACAGAGCGCUGCUCUGGCUGCCUGGGAACGGUUCGGCGUGGAAUUCAUCCUCACCUUUCUGGUGGUUCUGUGCUAUUUCGUAUCCACGGAUCCCAUGAAGAAGUUCAUGGGCAACUCGGCCGCCUCGAUUGGAUGUGCCUACAGCGCCUGCUGCUUUGUGUCGAUGCCCUACCUGAAUCCGGCCCGCUCCCUGGGUCCCUCGUUUGUGCUGAACAAAUGGGACAGCCACUGGGUGUACUGGUUCGGACCCCUGGUGGGCGGCAUGGCCUCCGGCCUGGUGUACGAGUACAUCUUCAACUCGCGCCGCAACAUGCGCCACACCAAGGGCAGCAUCGACAACGACUCCAGCUCCAUACACUCGGAGGAUGAGCUGAACUACGACAUGGACAUGGAGAAGCCGGGCAAGUACCAGCAAUCGCAGGGCACCUAUCCCCGCGGCCAGUCGAAUGGCAAUGGCAAUCCCGGAGGUCAGGCAUCGGCAAAUGGUCAGCACCAGGCGGCCAAUAUGGGUCAAAUGGCCGGAGUGGUAGCCAAUGCUGGGCAGGGCAACUACUGCCAGAACCUGUACACCGCUCCGCCGCUCUCUUCGAAGUACGAGCAGCAGCAGGAGCCACUGUACGGUGGAACCCGCUCCCUCUACUGCCGCUCACCCACUCUGACCAGGAGCAACCUGAAUCGCUCGCAAUCGGUGUAUGCCAAGAGCAACACGGCCAUUAACAGGGACAUUGUCCCACGACCAGGUCCUCUGGUGCCCGCCCAGAGCCUUUAUCCCAUGCGCACCCAGCAGCAACAACAGCAGCAGCAACAGCAACAGCAACAACAGCAGCAGCAACAGCAACAGGUGGCUCCUGCUCCGCAAUCCGCCCACUUGCAGAACCAGAAUGUCCAGAAUCAGAUGCAGCAGCGCAGCGAGAGUAUCUAUGGAAUGCGAGGAUCCAUGCGAGGACAACAGCAACCCCUCCAGCAACAGCAGCAGCAACUGCAGCAGCAACAGCAACAGGCCAACAUGGGUGUGCAGCAGCAACAGUUGCAGCCUCCUCCUCAGAUGAUGGUCGAUCCCCAGCAGCAACCCCAGGGCUUCCAGCCGGUCUAUGGCACUCGCACGAAUCCCACGCCCAUGGACGGUAAUCAUAAGUACGAUCGGCGGGAUCCACAGCAACUGUAUGGCGUGACGGGACCCAGGAAUCGCGGACAGUCGGCCCAGUCCGAUGACAGCUCCUAUGGCUCGUAUCAUGGCUCAGCUGUAACGCCACCAGCUCGUCAUCCCAGCGUGGAGCCAUCGCCUCCGCCGCCGCCCAUGCUGAUGUAUGCCCCGCCUCCGCAGCCCAAUGCAGCUCAUCCCCAGCCCAUUCGCACUCAGUCGGAGCGAAAGGUGAGUGCUCCCGUGGUGGUGUCCCAGCCGGCAGCCUGUGCCGUGACCUAUACAACCUCCCAAGGACCAACGGCGGUGGCCACCCAGCAGCAGCAGCAACAGCAACAGCAGCAACAGCAACAGCAACAGCAGCAACAGAUGAUGAUGCAACAGCAGCAGCAACAUUAUGGAAUGCUCCCACUGAGGCCCAACUGAAAGCGGCUGUCAUGGGGUCCGGUGACCACGCCCCCGCCAGGGAUCCACGCCCUCGCCCUCCAGCCCGGAGGCACCAUGACCCUGCACCGCUGCAGCCUAGCCAAGCAGAGCAGUUUGUUUUAGUCGUAGUCCAAAGGAAAUGUACGCAAGUCUCCAGCCCUUAGUCUAGCAUAGUCCUAGUUUAGUUAGAUGCAGCAUAGCCACAUUGUAUUAUUCAGACGAGGAACUCACACCUAGCAGCAUCUUCCGACAACGAUGCGAUCGAGCAUAGAACAUUUAGUCUUAAGGAUCUACUAAAGACGAGUGUUGACUGUACACCUAAAGCUAGACUAAUCAAAUAUAGGUGAUCUAGACUGAAAGAUAGCAGCAUUUAAGCAAGCUGUUUUCUUUACAAUACUUCUUAUGGUUUUGUAGGUUUUUUUUUUGAAGACAUCUUCAUUUUCUUCACAAAACUAAGAUUUUUAAUCAAGUUCAUGUUAAAAGUUUUAUUUGUUUUGACAAGUUAUCUUCGCUUUUUGUAAAACCAAAAACUAGACUGAAAGAAUUUAAUAUGCAUUUACUUAGUCGAUAUCUUUCAC